AUGCUGACCAUCGAGAGACUUGAGAAGGCUCCGGGUCUCUGGCCCGUAAAGCUGACCCUGUACAUGGUGGCCAGAUUGACCUACCAGAGGCACAGCUCUGACCCUGCUUCCUCCCUGUCUGAAGAUGUUUACCGCGUCCCUGCGAACUCCAGCGUGGACACCUUUGCAGUGUUUAUGGCCAGCAGCGGAACCACAGAGGUCGCAAGUCGGAACAGCCCCGCCACACCACCCAACACCCUUAAUCUCCGUUCCUCCCACAAUGAACUGUUGAAUGCUGAAAUAAAGCACUCCGAAGCCAAGAACAACACACCCCCCAAAUGCAGGAAGAAAUAUGCACUGACUAACAUCCAGGCGGCCAUGGGCCUCUCCGAUCCAGCCGCCCAGCCCCUGCUGGGAAAUGGCUCCGCCAACAUCAAGCUGGUGAAGAAUGGGGAGAACCAGCUCCGCAAGGCUGCUGACCAUGGGCAGCAGGACCCCAACAAGAACAUCAGCCCCACGGCCAGCAUCAACAUAACUUCUGAGAAGUUAGAGGGUAAAGAACGCCCCCCACAGGAGUCCUCAGGCUGUGAGAUAUUACCCUCCCAGCCCAGGAGAACUAAGAGCUUCCUAAAUUACUAUGCAGACCUGGAAACCUCAGCCCGCGAGUUGGAGCAGAACUUGGGCAACCAGCAAGGGCCGGGGGACGAGGAGAAGUCCCAGCCAGGCCGAGGCCCAGCCUCUGCCAUCGCAGGCAAUGGUGAUGCUCUGUUGCAGAAACCCAAUAAGCGCCAGGCCAGCCCUGAAGACGGUCAAGUUGCCACAGUGUCCUCCAGUCCAGAGACCAAAAAAGAUCACCCUAAAACAGGAGCCAAAACCGAUUGUGCACUCCACCGGAUCCAGAACCUAGCACCGAGCGACGAGGAGUCCAGCUGGACCACCUUGUCCCAGGACAGUGCCUCGCCCAGCUCCCCAGAUGAAACAGAUAUAUGGAGUGAUCACUCAUUUCACACCGACCCGGAUUUGCCGCCUGGCUGGAAGAGAAUCAACGACAUCGCUGGAACCUACUAUUGGCACAUCCCCACGGGAACCACUCAGUGGGAGCGGCCUGUCGCCGUCCCAGCUGACGUCCAGGGCUCCAGGAAGGGGUCCCUUAGUUCUGUAACAUCAUCUCCCACCCCAGAGAAUGAGGAUUUGCACGCAGCCACGGUGAACCCGGACCCCAGUUUGAAAGAGUUUGAAGGCGCAACUCUACGCUAUGCAUCUCUGAAACUCAGAAAUGUGCCACAUUCAGACGAUGACGAUUCCUGUAGUAUCAACAGUGACCCGGAAGCCAAGUGUUUCGCCGUGCGCUCCCUGGGGUGGGUGGAGAUGGCCGAGGAGGACCUCGCACCUGGGAAGAGCAGCGUGGCCGUCAACAACUGCAUCCGGCAGCUCUCCUACUGCAAGAACGACAUCCGUGACACAGUUGGCAUCUGGGGAGAGGGGAAGGACAUGUACCUGAUCCUGGAGAAUGACACGCUCAGCCUCGUGGACCCAAUGGACCGGACCGUGCUGCACUCCCAGCCCAUCGUGAGCAUCCGCGUGUGGGGCGUGGGCCGCGACAACGGCCGGGAUUUUGCUUACGUGGCAAGGGACAAAGACACAAGAAUUUUGAAAUGUCAUGUAUUUCGAUGUGACACGCCAGCAAAAGCCAUCGCCACAAGCCUCCACGAAAUCUGUUCCAAGAUCAUGGCCGAGCGAAAGAACGCCAAAGCCCUGGCCUGCAGCUCCUUGCAGGAGAGGACCAAUGCAAACCUGGAUGUCCCUUUGCAAGUAGACUUUCCAACACCAAAGACGGAGCUGGUGCAGAAGUUCCACGUGCAGUACCUGGGAAUGCUGCCUGUAGACAAACCAGUCGGCAUGGACACCCUCAAUAGUGCCAUCGAAAGUCUCAUGACCUCAUCCGACAAGGAGGCUUGGCCGUCGGUGAACAUGAACGUCGCUGAUGCUACUGUGACGGUCAUCAGUGGCAAGAGCGAAGAAGAGAUCUUGGUGGAGUGUCGCGUGCGGUUCCUGUCUUUCAUGGGCGUGGGGAAGGACGUCCACACGUUUGCCUUCAUCAUGGACACGGGCAACCAGCGCUUUGAGUGUCACGUGUUCUGGUGCGAGCCGAACGCCGGAAAUGUGUCCGAGGCGGUGCAGGCUGCCUGCAUGUUGCGGUAUCAGAAGUGCUUGGUAGCCAGGCCGCCUUCCCAGAAAGUGCGGCCACCUCCCCCCCCAGCCGACUCAGUGACCCGGCGAGUCACCACCAAUGUAAAACGAGGGGUCCUAUCCCUCAUUGACACUUUGAAACAGAAGCGCCCCGUCACCGAGACGCCAUAGCUGCUUGGCCCGAGACUGCGCAGCAUCGAGCCGAAGGGCCGGGAGCCACGCUAAGGGGACAGGGCACCACUGGCUUGACCUGCUCCGGGGCUGGUGCUGUGUCCACUGAGAACAGCUCUUUCACCAGUGUUAGACAAGCAUGCCCUCCCAUCUUGCUUGCCGCCAUCCUGUGAACCGGAAAAGAAGCAUGAGGACUUGUUUUUGCCGUCAGAGUCACCUCACGGGCAGUGGAAGGCCCUUUCCUUACUGUAAAUAUCGUGGACGUUGUUUCACGUCACACGCGUCUGGAGCAGAGCACAGCCACGGCCAUUCCCGGGGACCUGCCAUCAGCCGCAUGUCCCCAGAGCGAACGCCGCCUGCCCCUCUAUUAGUUUUACUGUCUUCUGGACUGGCCCUGUCCCAUCGAGGCCACCUUCUCGGUCCUCCAGCACUUUGUCCCGUUGUCCACCUGGGACUAGACUCCAUAGCCGAUAUCACUGAACUGUACAAAUGGGAUGCGUCUUUUAGUUUUUCACGAACUUGAACCUGUUGGUGGAUAAAUUUGGCUGUUGGCAUCGGUCUGGAAGCCGACUGGCAGUUUUCCCAGACGAGCCCUGUGGCACACGGAUGCCAUUUCAAGUCUACAGCUGUUUGUGGGAUGUUGGGGGGAAAACAAAGCAAAACAUUGAUAAGAAA